UUGCAUUCUGGACCUUCGCUUCAGUGGAUGCUAUUGCGCCAAAGCAAUGGGGGCUGUUCCCUCCCAGGGUUGCUGCCAUGUCAACGCAGUGGUCUGCGACCUGGAUCCAAAGAGCGCCUCCCUUUUGUACCUGGAUAUGGAGGACGAGGGCCCAGACGCGCGGAGCUCGCCGCGGCUGCGGGGGGUGCCGGUGCUCCGGGUGCAUAGCACCCAGCCCUUCCUGAAGGCCUCGGGCCUGGACCGCAGCGCGGUGGAGGAGUUCCGGGAGAUGCUGCAGAGCCACGGGGUGAGCACGGGCUCCUGGGGCAAGGGCGGCGCCAAGUCAGUGGAGCACCUCUUCUGGGAGGUCUUCUACUCCCAGGGUUCGCUGCUGACGGGCCUGGGGGCCAAGCUGAAGCGGGUGGCGCGGCUGCUCACGGUGCGGAUCCUGGCCGACAUCGAGGGCAAGGACCAUGUCUUGGUCUCCCGGCUGCGUGUCCUCUACAAUUGCCAGCACCAGGGGCUUCGCAUGCCCCAGCGGAAGCUCCGGUGGAAGAUGCCUGAGGACAACGUGCUGCUGCAAAGCUGCGAGGAGGUGCUGAGCUGCGAGGACUGCGCGACCGUGGACUCCUGGCACUGGGCGGCCCUCGAGGAGCUGGGCCUUCCGGCGCUGCAGGCCUGCAUGAAGGAGGAGACCAGCGCGUACACUUAUUUCACCGAAGACAAUUUGCCAAGCGAAAGCUAUCCUGGCCUGAAUACACUCGUUUGCGUGCAUCAGGUGACUCUUAGGGUCACAGACCCAGGCCAAGCAAAGGUGGCGACCAUUGGCCUGCCCUUUGGACAGGAGUUUGCCACGGCCGACGCGGAGUUCGACUUGGAGAGGUUUCACUGCAAAGACCAGAUGCUCAUCGGCUCUCAGCUGAAUGUGUGGACCUGGGUGCCGGCAUCGGACAUACAGGCCAACACGCUCAGGGCGACCAUCCCAGCUCCGGCCGAGAGCGAGAGCCCGGCGAUGAAACGCUUGGAGAACGAGCUGAUGCUGCACCGGCGGGUGCCGGUGCCGGUGGUGAACUGCCUCACCAAGGCCGCUGCCAAGGAUGGGGCGGCAAGGGCCGUUGCCGUGCAGGGCAAGAAGGGCGCGCCCAACCCGCACCUGCGCCGUAUCCUGCAAUCCAAGCGAACGGAUUGGACCACGGUGAGGAAGAUGGCUCGAAGCUUGCUUGACCCGAACUACUCCCUAAGCGAGUUCUACGAGGACCUAACAGCAUUUCCAGAGCUGUUCUUGUACCUCCGGGACGGCGUCCUCGAGACCGGAUCGGGAAGGACCACUGAUGACGAGUACCAGCGUACGGUCUGCGCCUUUUUCGCGAUUUAUUGGCUGAUGCGUCUGGACAUCGACGGGCGCCAAGGCUUCAGCUUCGGCACAGACGACGACUGGAAGGCUUUGCAGGAGUCUGCAGUCAAAGACGGGGAGGUGGCGAUGCAAAGUGAGAGCGGCCCUACAGAAUUGCAGAAGCGCUUGUUUCAACUGGACCGCCGCCUGGCCUUCUUUAACUCCGCUCAGUGGGGCUUUUUCCGCCGCCUCAUGGUGGACGCUGGACUGCUGGAGAUCACUUCUUCGCACGGCAGGGACCAAUACCAGGUCAAGGAGACGCGCAUGGUAUCGCUGCUCGCUCUGACCGCGAUCCACGAUAUCAUGAAGAUGGAUGCGCUGCUUCCCACCGUGCAGCCUGAGCACGAUGGCUACCAUGGCUAUGCCGCUGGUGACGUGAUCGGUGACCACGACCAUGCCCUGUGCUACUUGAUGGAUCACUACCCCGACCUGCUGCCCUCCUUCCGCGAGCUGGACGCCGCCGAGCGUCAGUCCGUGCAGUUCACACAGUGCAAUCUGUGCUUCAACCACGGCUGGCUCGUUCAAGCGGAGGCGCCGCCCGGAGCAAUCUUCACAAAGUUCCGGGAGGCGAUCAGCGACCGGAGGUUGCACGCGGGAGCGAGGGACGUGGCGCUGUACUUUGUGCACUGGUUGACGGAUCUCGCGGGUGCUGAACCAACACCCCUCGGGGGGUGUGAGAAGUUUGUGAUCAAAUUCCCACUGCAUGUGCUCAACAGCUUCUUGCAGUCUUUCAAGUUCAUCGAGGGCAUCGCCUCGCAGACGGAGACGCAGGUCAUGGAGAAGUAUUUGAAGUACCGCUGGUCUGACCACGUGCCUUCCCUUGGCCCUCCGCCCAGUGGCCCACACGCCAUUGCCGCCAUGCGGCUCUUAUGCAUGGCGCAGGCCAACGCCCGUGGGAUUGUCGAUGCCUUCAACCGAGAGUUGCCUCAGGAGGACAAGGAAGUGUUGAGUGUGGAGAUGUCGCGCACAGGCUGCGCAGGUCAGAGCUUCCAUACUGACUUGGUGCCCACCGACGUAGUAUCACGACCUGUGGGCCCAGCCUUCCUCAUUUACUACGGCCCGGCCUUUCUACAGACCACCUGCUCGCACUCCGCCCUGCGUCUGCGGAUCUUGACCGAGAUCUACCGAUGCUCGCGGGAGCUGUGGCCGGAGUCUCCCGCCUCGGUGGCGACGUCCGUGCACGUGCGGAUUGACACCAUCAAGGGGCUGAAGGUGCAUGAGAUCCAGGAGGUCUUGGCCAAAGGUGAGCUGUGGCUGGUUACAAAGCAUAACGAGAGCGAGGCAUUCGUGGGCCGGGCUUCUCACCUAAAACUCAAUAAGUAUGUGUCCAACGGCCAGAAGUUCCAGAUCCUUGACCUAGGUUUUUUGCGCGACCGCAAGAGCUGAUUGCAUGUCAGAUUGCGGGCUAGGACAAUCGCAAUCAUUCUUCAUUGAUGCAAAGCAUCAUCUUCUCUCAGUUUGGCUUUGGCGCUUCAGAGCGAAUGCCGAAAGCAAAGA